CAUCUUCUCUCUCUCUUCUCAACUUUCCUUUCUUAAACACUCCUUCAUUUCUUGAACUUUCUCGCUUUCUCCCUUGUUCUAGCAACUUCCUUUUCCUCUUCAACUUCAUAGUUAUACAAUCUUGAUCCACAAGAAAGUGGCUAUAAUUGUAAUCAAAUGAAGAUACAGUGUGAUGUCUGUAACAAGAAUGAAGCCUCUGUAUUUUGUACAGCAGAUGAAGCUGCCCUUUGUGAAGCUUGUGACCAUCGUGUCCACCAUGUCAACAAACUUGCUAGCAAGCAUCAGCGUUUCUCUCUUCUUCAACCUUCUACUAAACAAUUCCCUUUGUGUGAUAUUUGUCAGGAAAGGAGGGCUAUCUUAUUUUGUCAACAAGAUAGGGCAAUUCUAUGUAGAGAGUGUGAUCUUUCAAUACACAAAGUAAAUGAGCACACUCAAAAGCAUAACAGAUACCUUCUUACUGGUAUUAAGCUCUCAGCAAAUUCUGCUCUCUAUUCUUCUAUACCAUCACCAUCAGCAGCUUCCUCUGCCAAUUCCUCUGCUUCAAGUUUCAAGUCUCAAAACCCCACAAAUAAGCCUGCAGCUGUGGAAGCAGUGACGGUUGUUAAAGAGAAAGUUGGUGGAUGUAAUUCUCAAUUGGUGAAUGUUGGGGGAAAUAACUUAACAAGUAGUAUAUCAGAGUACUUAGAGAUGUUGCCUGGUUGGCAUGUUGAAGAUUUUCUUGAUUGUUCUACUCCUAAUGGGUCUUCUAAGAUUGGUGAUGAGGAUAUGUUGUCAUUUUGGGAUACUGAUCUUGAGAGUCAUAUGAGUUCUUUUCCCCCACAAAAUAUUGGUGUUUGGGUUCCUCAAGCCCCUUCUCCUCUGCAGUCAAAGCAGCAGAUUCAGAUCCAAUUUUUAUCUCCUUCAAAUUUGAACUUUGGUGGGCAAAUUGGGAUCAAGGACUCAAGAGAAGUCAAUAGCAUCAAGUCCAGUAGAAAGUGGAGAGAUGACAAUUCUUUUGCUGUUCCACAGAUUAGCCCACCUUCCACCUCUUUCAAGAGAUCAAGAACUCUUUGGUAGAAAACUCCGAUGAUCUUCUUUGUAUCGUUCCAAUUUUAUCGAAUGUCUGAAGGAUGACCCUGCACAAGGAUGACAAGCACAAAUCAAGAAUAUUGCAAUGAUCUUUUCUCUAACUUGUCUGUCAGCUUUUUAUUUUCUUGGUUUAGUUUGAACCUCCUUCUCCAUCCCCUCUUAUCAGAGUAAAAAAAAAAAAAAGAUGACCCUCCUCCUUUUUGCUCCAGUUCAAUUCGCUUUGCUAUAGUUCUUGAAAUGUCUGUUGUUUUACGUCGUACUUGCUAGUGCAAGGAUCUUUCUUGUGCUGUAAAUAUUUUUUUUUGGGUGAAUCCCAUGAAUGAGCCUUAAAAUUAGGUAUUUGGAUCUGUGACAGACAAUACAGGUCAUGUCCUUUCGUUGUA